AUGACAGCCACUGCACAAUUUUUCAAAGCAAGAAGUGUUGACAUUAAGGCAUCUAAGCUUGUUUUAUCGCGUGAGGUACCAAAUACCAGUAAAGCUACCAUCAGAAAACGUGGUAGCGCAUUGUCAGCGAAUGUUGCAGUCAAAGAAGAAAGCAUCUUGGAUUAUGAGAUUUACUAUGAGAAACCUUCUUAUACGAUAAUGGCACCCGUCAAGAGAGAGGUGGAAGAAAAACCGGAUAGUCUGCUGUCAUUAUGCGUAUGUUAG